UUAAUUGUUUCCCUUCUCAAGGAUUUGUAAGUAGGGAAGUUCUACCAUUGCACCAUCAAAUUCCACUGGUUGAUGGUGUCAGUGGAUGGCCGACUACCACUGGCAGCAAUACUAGAUUCGGAAAGGCUUCAACGCCAUCCACUGCUUUGCCUUUUGCUCAUCGAAUUGGAAUCCCCCCGUUGCCAUUUGCAUGCCUCAGUCGCAAGUCCCAGGUCGCCACUACAGCAGCUUGGCCGUUGGCAUCACCACCACAAAGGCAGCGGCAUCUCUAAUAGUAGUACAGCGACCAGGUGGCUACGAAAGGCUACUGUUACAUGAUUGCAGAGGUUCAAGGGGAAAGAAAGCAUGGUGAAAGUUAUCAGUCGGUCUCAUCCACUCCCAAUAUAAUCCACCACCAAAAAAGACCCCUUUUUUUUUCUCUUCCAUUCCUCUUCGCCAUUUCCACUUCUUGCAACUGUCUAAUUAAAUCCUCCCUCUUGUGGUAAGAAGGUAAAGCUGCGUGUGCAGAGCCAUUCUUCACCCUUCUCCACAGGUUUCAGGCUGCUAGAUUCGUCUACCUUGUUGUUGAUGUCUUCUCCUCUUCGAGUAUUAUUCCCAAAUCCACGGAAUUCCUUCAAGUUGGACGAACUUGGACUAGAGAUUAUGAGGAUUGCUUUCCCGGCUGCACUAGCGCUUCUAGCCGAUCCCAUUGCCUCGUUGAUUGACACUGGUUUCGUUGGUCACAUAGGUCCAGUUGAGCUUGCAGCAGUGGGUGUGUCAAUUGCAGUGUUCAAUCAAGUAUCACGAAUUGCGAUCUUUCCCCUUGUUAGUGUUACAACAUCCUUUGUUGCUGAGGAAGAUGCUGCAAGCAAAGAUGAAAAUGUACAUGGAGAAAAUAGGGAAAACCAAGGGUCCUUCCUAGAGGAGGGUGAAAUGGAAGAAUUAGUACCCGUAACUGAUAGUGAUAAACUUGCAUGCACAUUCUCUUCGUCUUCCGAUAAAUCCUCCACGACAACUGAAUUCGGGCAUCGUAAACAUAUUCCAUCAGCAUCUUCAGCAUUAGUAGUCGGUGGCACGCUUGGUCUUCUUCAAACUUUAUUACUUGCUUUUGCAGCAAGACCUAUCUUGAAUUAUAUGGGUGUCAAAUAUGAUUCCCCUAUGAUGGCACCGGCAUCUCAGUACUUGAUACUGCGGUCUCUUGGUGCUCCGGCUGUUCUCUUAUCUUUGGCAACGCAAGGUGUUUUUAGAGGAUUCAAGGACACAACAACUCCUCUUUAUGCUACUGUUGCUGGAGAUACAACCAAUAUAAUCUUGGAUCCACUAUUUAUAUUCUCCUUCCACUUAGGUGUUAGUGGUGCCGCAGUUGCUCAUGUUAUUUCUCAAUACCUAAUUGCUCUAAUACUCCUGUGGAGAUUGCUGAGACAAGUUGAUGUGUUGCCUCCUAGUAUCAAGGAUCUGCAGUUCAGUCGGUUCUUAAAAAACGGUUUUCUACUGCUCGCACGGGUGAUUGCUGUAACAUUCUGUGUGACAUUAGCUGCAUCAAUGGCCGCACGACAAGGGCCAGUACCCAUGGCCGCAUUUCAGAUAUGCUUGCAGAUUUGGUUGGCUACUUCUCUUCUAGCUGAUGGUUUGGCUGUUGCAGGACAGGCCAUACUUGCUAGUGCAUUUGCCCGAAGAGAUCACACUACAGCAACCUUUGCUGCAUCACGCGUUCUUCAAUGGGGUAUGGCUCUGGGGCUGCUCCUAUGCAUCACGCUCGGAAUUGGUUUGCAAUUUGUAUCAACAUUAUUCACCAAGGAUACUGAAGUCCGGCGACUCAUUCGCAUCGGCAUCCCGUUUGUUGCCCUGACUCAACCAAUAAAUGCGUUGGCUUUCGUCUUCGACGGUAUCAACUAUGGCGCAUCAGAUUUCGCCUACUCCGCAUAUUCCAUGAUCCUGGUGGCCAUUGUUAGUAUUACAUGCUUGAUCGUAUUAUCCUCUCUUUACGGAUUCACUGGAAUCUGGAUAUCUCUAACCAUUUACAUGAGUCUGAGGAUGUUUGCUGGAUUCUGGAGAAUAGGGACAGCGAAGGGUCCAUGGGCCUUCCUUUAAGACUUGACCGAGGUUUGUCGGAGGAAGGAGCUUGAUGUUUAAUUCUGGUGGCGCAAAUUUAUCGGGCCGUCAACGUCGAACUGGUCUACGCUUCCUCUGGACGUGUCCUGUUGUGGUUGUUGUUGUGUUUUUUCGAUUUGGUCAGACAACGAAAACUAAUAACAAGCAACCGUUUCUCUCGCGAAGUUGCGCUGCGAGAUCA